AUGGCUUCUCCCAGUACGGCCAUUGUGCCUCCUAAGCGGGCCAGCACUGACUACCCGCUCAUCGACUCCGACCCUCACCUCCGCCGUGUUAUUGGAUAUGCACGUCCCUCCGACUAUGCCGUCGCCGGUGCAGCAGCGUCAGCCUCUCCGAUCGCUUUCUGGAUCAUGGAAAGAGUCAGUCCGUCGCAUGUGGGCCGAGGUGGGUUUGCCCCCGUCAUGCGCCUGGCGACAGCUGUCGGCAUUCUCGGUGGACUUCAUGUGUUCUACCAGCGAUCAUGCCAACGCUUCUACGGCUUCACCGAAAACUCCAGGGAAGUUGAUAUGGACAUGCGAGAGAUGGUGCAGAAGGUGAAGGCAGGUGAGCCUCUGUACGGCAAAUCGAAGGUGUCCCCCUAUCUUCAGGGAGUUGCUGCCCGUAACUCGCGGUAUUCCGAGCUUUUUAUCCACGUUUUGCCAUGGCUCAACAUUGUGAACCACGACCAGCAUGGUGUGGAUACUGCUAAGUACUAUCAGCAGGCUGAACGGGAACUUGAAGCUGAGCGAAAUGCCUAA